AUGGCCGGCGCCGAUGUGAUCGUUCUAUCCUCUCCCCCAAAUUCUCCUCCGCGCUCUCCAAAACAAGCUGCAUACGACCCAGAGCAGCUUUUGGGCAUCUCGCCACGAUGCGCAACGCCACCGCCAAUACCCUCGCCGUCGGAACUCUUCCAACCACCUUCGCGUUCUCGAUUCUUCCCUGCACCAAGCGAUGGGCGUCUCGGUGACGCGACGAAGCCGAAACGCCGCCCUGCCAAGAAAGCAGCUACAUCGAACGACAAGACUGCGCCGAGCAGGUCGCGACCGAAGGCUAACCAGGUCGCAGGCGAGCCGGAAUCCGCGGCCCUAGGGGUCCUACAGCCCGAGUCCCUUGAUUCGAGGGACAACGCCGCGAAGAAGAAGACCACAAACUCCCAAAAGGGUCGCCCACGAGCGAGCAAUAAGAGCAAAGACCAAGGAAAUAUGACACUGGCUGGAAAGGUGACCAAGAAAAGCAGCGACACGCAGGGAAAACAGCAAAGCAAAAACAACCAGAAGGCAACCCAGAAUCUAUCAAAACCAACCGAGGUGUCCGAAAGGCCUGCUGCUGAGGAAUCGAAUGCUUUGGGGAAGCAUGAGGACCUACAUUUGAACGAGGCGAUGAGAAGGAGAAUAGAUUGGACUCCGCCUAGCGAGACUGCUCCCGGGGAUGCCAUUGCAGUCGACGACGAUGACCAAGAGAAAGAAAAAUCCGAUGGCGCAAGUGGGUUUGGCAAGCUGCUUUCGGAUUAUAAUUUUUCUGGAACAGCUCCUCGCGAGCUUCCUCAAAACCCAGAAGGCCCAGGGCCGACCAAACGAAGGCGAUUAGAGCUGGUGAACCCCCAAGUGCAACCAGUGCCUAACAGCAAACCACUUGAUUCGGACAAAACGUCCGAAGAGAGCUCGUCAUCGUCCGGAGCACAAGCCAAAAAGAAAACCAAGGGCAAAACCAAACGGUUUACAACCUUGACAGCUCGGAUGACGGCACAGUAUACCUCGAACGACGUCCGAGAUGAGGAUUCGGUUGACACUUGUGUACCGGAUAUAGGGACGACAAAGCCCAAACGAGGAAAAUCCAAAACCGAGAAAGAACCACAAUUUGUUGUUCUCUCCCCAGAAGCUGCCGUCAAAUCUGUGAAUGAGCAAGAUCUCAUUUUCGGGACCUGCAGCCAGCUAGAAAGAGAAGACUCGCCGGAGACACUUCGAGAGACGCAACAAGCUAUCCGUGCCUCCGAGAGUCUUCUCUUUGAAGAGCGUGGAAACAGCCCCAAUCCUAGCAUCGAAGAAAGUGCAGCCCACAGCCUGUCAUCUACUCGGUCCGUAUCCAGAUUGGUAGGCACAAGGAAUCUAUGGCGUGUUGCCGCCCGGGACACGGAGGGGUCUUUGGUUCAGAAGGAAGCUGUGGAUAUAGUCGAUUCAGCGGGUCGGCCUGGCAUUCCCGCAAAAGAGAACCUUGAUACCAAGCAACAGCCAACCAGACCGAAAGAAGAUAACUGGUUCGAGAUCGACUACGAGGAAGUGGAUUCGCCUGGACAAAAAACUACAACCACCAAGCAGAGCUCCGGCUCUACCACUGGCACCAGCUCCAUCACCGAAUCUCGAGCUUCUAAUACUACCGAACCUGCCAAGACUUUUUAUAGUAACUCGGCGGACAAGGCGAGCGAUCAAAGAGCAGACUCGAUCCGACCUGCCAUGCCACAGUACAGUGGGUUUACCGACGCAGAACUAUCAAAACAGAUCAUCGCGUAUGGAUUCAAGUCUGUGAGAGGCCGCAAGAAGAUGAUUGGCCUUCUUCAAAAGUGCUGGGGAUCCAAACAUGGCAGUAGCGUCACUGAGCAACCGACGAUGCCUCAGACUGAACAUCCCACAGAAGCAGCUCCUGGUCAGCCGCAAAGUGAUAAAACACUCGCACAAUCUUCGGCCCAGGCCCCGCAAGCUAAAUCUAAGGCGAAGGCCAAGGCCAAGUCCACAACGAGCACCUUGCCUUCUACAAUGGACAGGACUUCGGACGUGACUGAAAAACCAAAGUCUAUUCCGAGGACUAGCCCAAAGAAAAGCCCCCAAAAGAGCUGGACCAGCAGAUCAACUAUACAGCCCUCAUCCUUCAUGGACGUGGAAGAGAUUCAAGAUUCCGAGGAGGAACUCAUGCCUUCUCCGAGCCAAAUUCAAAAGCGGUACACAGAAAUGUACUCCAAACCGACGGAUCAAGUCCCUGCGCCGCCCUUGGAUCUGUUCACUAAAACACCACCCCCGAGUCCGACCAAGCGCAAACCUGCUCCUUCCACGUCCUCGUCCACCACAACAGGACCGGCCACUUUGGACUCUAACAAACCCGAGUCAUCUACCAGGCGGAGCAGCCUAUUGGACUUACCAACCCAAAUCACCAAAGCGGUGCGCGCCCAGCCCAAACUCUCGCCGCUCUCGACAUCGUCCAGCUGUCGUAGCCGCCCGACAUGGCACGAGAAAAUUCUUAUGUUUGAUCCCAUCGUUCUGGAGGAUUUCACUGCGUGGCUGAAUGUCGAGGGGCUCAGUCUUGUGGGCGAAGAUCGAGAGAUUAGUGCUGUGUCGGUGAGAGAGUGGUGUGAAAGCAAGGGCAUCUGUUGCUGCUGGAAGAAGAAUGUUAUCUGGUAA